UCCCUCUCCCGCCUAGGCCGCUCCAGCCGGCCUCGCCCAGCUCAGUGGUCCCAGGCCCUCCGGCGGCGCGCAGGAUGGCCGCUGCGGUGCGGCGGGGCGCGGAGCCGUGGAACCGCGUGAGGAUCCCGCAGGCGGGCAGCAGCAGCACAGUGACGGUGCAGGACCGCAGCGCCACCCUCGACAUUUGCAUUGCAGCUGUCGUGAAAGGGUGCCAUCUUGUCACACGGUCACUCAGGAGCCGGACCUUAGAUGCGGAAGUUGACGUGUUAUGCUCCGUCCUCUACAGCAAUCAAAACAGAUUGGGCCACCACAAGCCCCAUUUGGCUCUCCGACAGGUAGAACAGUGCUUAAAGCGUUUGAAAAACAUGAAUUUGGAGGGCUCAAUUGAAGACUUGUCACAGUUGUUGUCUGCCAAUGAAACUCAGCCUGGAGUUACCGAAAGCCAUGCUGUCCCCAGCCAGCCGGUGGUGGAGGUGGUGCUGAUGAAGGUUUUGGGAGGCUGCAAGUUGUUACUGCGCUUGUUGGACUGCUGCUGCAAGGCAUUCCGGUUGACCGUGAAGCACUUGGUACUGCAGGAAUUCAUUAUUUUGAACCUGGUGAUGAUUGGGCUGGUGAGCAGGUUAUGGGUUCUCCAUAAGGGACUUUUAAGGAGGCUGAUUUCCUUAUAUGAGCCACUGUUUGGAUUGCUUCAGGAGGUCUCCAGGAUUCAGCCCAUGCCUUACUUCAAAGACUUUGCCUUUCCCUCUGAUAUUACCGACUUUCUGGGGCCACCUUACACUGAACUCUUUAAGGGAAAAACGCAGGCACCUGUUGCCACUAAAGGAGUAACUAAGUUGCUAAAUAAACUGUUUUUAAUGAAAGAACAACUACCAAAGAUCAAUGAAGACACUUUAGAUAGAAUUUCCAAAACAUCUGAACAAAUAAAGAGCAAUCUACAGGGAAGUGUGGACCUGGGACAGCCAGUGAAAAAAAAGACCAAGAACGAAAAGCCAUCGGGAUUUGACGUGCGGGCUUUGUGCACAAGGCUGCGAAACAAGGCUGCUCAGGAGACCAGCCUUGAGUUGAAAUGCUCUCAAUCCAGAUUUAAGACAAGCAAACUUUCCUCUCAAAAGCUGACAAGAACUUCCCGGGCUGCUCACAAUAUUGUGCAGAGAAUCCGGGUGACCAAGACUUUCACCCAGCUUUCUGAAGAAAUCCAAAUGGCAGUCGUGUGGUGCCGGAGCAAAAAGCUCAAGGCUCAGGCCACCUAUCUGGGCAGCAAACUUCUUAAGAGUAACAGGCUUAGACAUGUGGAAGCUCAGGGUUAUAGUUUACCAAAGAAGCUACAGUGCAUGAAAACAUCUCUUUGCAACUGCCUUCUUCGAGGCUCCAUUGUCAGCACUUCAAAGUGUUCUUCCAGACAAAGAUCAAAGCAUAAAGUUUUAUCGAGACAAAGGAAACCACAGAGAAAGUUGCAGUCAACUCUUUUAAAGGAAACCCAGCAGGUCCCUGAAGGGACUCUGAAGAGCACGAGGGGCAUCAGUGCUAAGUGGAGCUGCUCAGAUGGGACAGUUCCGAGGACAGAUGUCUGUCCUAACAGAAAGCAGGUCUUGAGAAGACUUUCAAAGCCUGUCCUAAAAAUAAAGGAGACAGGGAUCCACAGGAAUCUCACAGCAGGCGGUGGAAAUGAAACUGGUUUGCGGACAAAGAGACAAACACACACACACAGUGUACCACCAGAAGCUGCUAAAGAGGCAGAUGACAUUGAUGAUAUUUUUGCUUUGAUGGGAGUGUAGAUGUGCGUGUGUGAAACUGAGCAGUUAACAAGCUGGUUCGGGGUUCUGCUGUUUUAAGUGGCACUGCUGAGAGCUGGAAACACUGCUUGGGCCAGGAGCUGCUUCUGUGUAACAUUCCACAGGAGUACACACCAGUUCAAUAAACGUUUACAGCAGCA